AUUGAUUGAAUUCCUAAUCGACUUUUAUUUAACUAUAUUUAACAAAAUUAACAACAGCACGCAGUUUGAAAAGCUAUGUGCAUUCAAAAGCGGAAGACCGUAUUAAUAUGGCGAUGAAGCCAAGCUACAACCAUAAUUGUUGAGCUAGAUUCUCUGAGUUCAUCAACUCUCUCCUUACGAAAUCGAAGCAGAUUCAAACUGAGUUGCUCAAUUUGCCAUCGCUCCGAGCUUCGGGGUCUUCACCUUUCUGUGUGUAAGUAAUCGAGAUCUUCAUCGCUCUGCUCUGAUUUCUUCGAAAUGUCUAUCCUAUCAAAGUUGCGUUUAGUAACUGUUGAUGUUACCGGCACGCUAAUUGCAUACAAAGGGGAGCUUGGUGACUACUACUGUAUGGCAGCAAAAUCAAUAGGACUCCCGUGUCCGGACUAUAAACGGGUACAUGAGGGUUUUAAGCAGGCUUAUACAGAGAUGGCGACGAAGCAUCCAUGCUUUGGAUUUGCAGAGAAGAUACCCAACAUCGUUUGGUGGAAGACGUGUGUGCGGGAUUCUUUUCUCAGGGCUGGAUAUGAUUAUGAUGAAGAAACGUUUGAGAAGGUUUUCAGACGCGUAUACGCCACCUUUGGUUCAUCUGCGCCAUAUACUAUCUUCCCGGAUUCACAGCCAUUCCUGAGAUGGCUUCGUGGGAAAGGCAUUAUUGUAGGAAUCGUGAGCAAUGCCGAGUAUAGGUAUCAAGAUGUAAUCCUUCCAGCAUUGGGUUUGCACAAGGGAUCGGAGUGGGACUUUGGCGUAUUCUCUGGUCUCGAAGGUGUGGAGAAGCCCGACCCAAGGCUGUACGAGAUAGCCUUGGAGAGGGCAGGCAACAUUGCACCGGGAGAGGCUCUUCAUAUCGGGGACAGCAUGCGCAAGGACUAUGUCCCGGCAAAGAGUGUGGGUAUGCACGGUCUACUGUUGGACCGGUUUCAAACCCCAGAUGCUCGGAGUUGGAGGGAAUCCGGUGCUAUCGUGCUACCCGACUUGAUUGCUGCUCAAGAAUGGCUAUCUUCUGAGCGACAGAGCUGAUUGUAACAUGUUCGAAUAAACUAUCAACCAAACACAUUUUUUCUCUUAAUUAUUCUAAAUCCAUGUUGUAGCAACAGCCCUUGAAAUGAACAUUGUUUUUGACAAAUGAAUUUAUGACAUUGUCUUCUCUUUUCUACA